AUGAAGAAAGAAUUAAUUUCCUUCUUUGUGGCUUCACUGGCACAAAUUGUGACAGCCGAUGAAGAAUGGAUUGAAGAUUGCAACAGCCAGAGUGAAAACAUUCACAUUCAUUCGGCUGGUGGCAACUGGAGAAACUUUUCGAGUGAUGUGAUGUCUAAUCAAUAUUUUUUGCUCGAUCGAAAGUUCACGUGCACUGCUGAUCCAGACCAUUUCGCGCUUGUUCGAAUAAACGACCAGAUGGAUUCACCGUCAGACACAAAAACUAUCACUUGUGGAUCGGAGCGUAAAUGGUUGUACAAAGGUGAAGUCGUUGUCUCUGUUGGAUGCUACACAGGCACACGGGCAAAUUGGAUCCAAAAGUCCGAAGAAGAGGAAAAAAUUCAAAAUUGGAUGGCCGAGCAUCACGGAGUUAAAGAGGAUCAAAAGGAUUGGACAUGGGGCAGCACCCAGUAUAAACAACAAGAGAAAAUGCAGAGAAUGGCUUCGGAAAUCUAUAAACUUUUGCUUAACACCGAUAAUAUAAUCAGAAAACAAGUCGCCGUUCUACCGGCAGACUAUGUGAAUGCUAUUUGGGAAGGAAACUUUUUCUCAGAGGACAACUACUACAUGAGAACGGAUCGAAGCCUGAUGCAAAAGAAGAAAUCAGUCGUUACUUUCAAGAUGGUCUCAAACGGA